CAUGAGAUGUAAUUAAAAAUUAAACUUCCUGUUUCCGUUAAUAUCUACAUAUAAAAUUCAUGCAGAAGGAGUUUUAGGAAGAGUUUUUUUUUUUUUUAUAUUAACAUGUAAUAUAAAAUGACCAAUACACAAGUGAAAUUACUUAUUUUGUGCGGAAAUCUGAUUUUAUCCGAUGCAGCCUUAACUAUUACCCACAUUUGCAGCGAAUGUGUGAAAUGUACCGACGGGGAUUCAUGUUGUAAAAGCUGCAUUCCCACAAAGGUCUGUUCUCCGAACAAUUAUGUUAACGAAGAAGACUCAGGGUCUACUGAUGAUUUCACAGACGAUUUUACAGACGAUCGCGAUGUACAUGUAGAAUGUCAAAAGUGCACUGCUUGUGAUUCGAAAUAUGUGUGCUUUGAGAGAUUCUUUUCACCUCAAACAAGUAGAUGCACAGAAAUGUCCAAAAAGGAUUUUAGUUCUAUUUUACCAGAUGACAAGCUAAUUGUGACACAGAUUUCGUCGACAGCAUCCCCUUCGUUAUUCACUGAAGAGAAGAGUUCCAGAAAUACACCACCUUAUAGCGAAAGUAAAGACUCUUCACUCUUGAUAAAGAAUAACAAUACAGAUUCAUCGUUAGCAUAUGUGGGGACCGCCUUAGGAGGAGUGGUAUUUGGAUCAAUUGUAACAUCCUUUAUCUGCAUUUAUCUCCGCCGAAGAUCACACACACAGAGAAAAAGAAUUAGAAAGCAGGAAUCAGGGGUUCAUCAAAUAAGAAAUUAUGCUCAGCAUUGCCUUUCAAAACCAAUGGAACAGGGUUAUGAUAAUAGUGGAAACGGAAUAUACUCCGAAAUUGAAGAUAAGAAGAGAAAUUCAAAAGACCUAUUUCAUAAAACUCCCAUUGAGAAGGGUCAAACAAUUGACGAUACAAAUCGAGACGAUCACGUAAAAGCAAUGCAAGAAUCGUCAGUAAAUGCACCAAUACCAUCUCACGGAUACGGCACUGUAACUGUGGAUAGCGAUGGAAAUGUUAAACGUUCAGAGGAUGGUGAAUCCAUUGAUGACGUCAAAUCAAGUGAAAAAGCCGAGACAGAUGAAUACUUCGUCCUAGAAAAAAUUUGUUCUAAAGAUGUUUGCAGCGUUGAUGCUUUAAACAGAAUUUCGUGAUCGUGUACUUCUGUAUGCCAUUCAUUUAAUAUGCAGAUGUCCUAUGAAAAGUAUGAACUAAAAAUAUAAGGCCAAAAAUAAUAAAUUACUUCUCAAAGACCAUUAUGGAUAAAAGAAAAGGAUAGCAUAUCAAAAGCCUAUGGAAAACAACGCAACAGUUGCAAGUACGAUUUCAAUAUGAAUGGAGUGAACAUAUGAUGAAAUAGGAAUACAAAUUCUUACAGCUUUCGUUCAAAUCAUUAAAAAUUAAGUGUUGGAUUUAUUCUUGCUACAAAGAUCUUUUGUAAAGGCUUUUGUUGAACUAUGUUUACUGUUUAUGUAUGUCGCUGCAUGUUACAACUACUUACAUAAUAAGAUAUUUUGUAGGAACAAGUAUCAAUUUUUCAUCUCUCUCAGUUUAAGUUCAGAAUAUACAUCUAUUUUUAAUUCAGAUUAAUCUAGAAAAAUUAAAUUAAAAUUUAUAA